AUGUACUGCAGCAAAGAGAUGAAGUCAUUUGAGUGUCCAUUUACGUGGAAUAUAAGUCGUGAUUUGAGCCAAAAUUUCGAUGAAGAUCAACAAUUGGAGACAGUAGCGAGUGAUCAGCAAGUGAUUGCAUUAGUAAACGCGGUAAUGGCGGUCUAUUGUUCGGUUACCAAACAAAAUUAUGGAUUUGCCAAACGUAAGAUCAUUGAAGCUGACAAUUUAUGGAAGAAAAUGGAUUUACUCCAACUGAAAGUGGAACGAGUAUCACUGCGAGCAUUGAAGCACAUCCUCGACUCAACGAAGUACCACGCCUACCACUUGUCGAGAGACACCCAGAAGGCCACGAGCAUCCUAUCACAAAUCGUCGACGCGGCGGAGCUAAGCAGCAAAAUAGAGCUUGCGACGAUCCACGGCUUUCGCGCGCUGGCCUACUCAAGCUUUCACGAGGCCGCUCGCUUCGAAGCACUGGACGAUGCGAAAAUCGCGAUCUCACAUUUCAAGCACUGUCCGCUUUGGUAUUUCGCUCUCUACAAGUCUUUGCGGCACAAGAGGCGCAAAGUUGUCAAAUUCGGCUCGAAACCUUGCGAGGAGGAGAAGCAGGCGAUUUUGCAGUGCAUCAACCUGUCGGAGAAGGCGUUUUAUCUCGUGCAUGCGGCUCAGAUGCAUCGCGAGAAUAAGAACCAUCUCAGAGCAUCAAUGCUAUAUAAGAAAACUUUGAAAGCCAAUCCACAGAGUAUGGGCAUUCUGCUGAGGCUGGCGUUUGGUUUCAUCAAGUGUGGAAAGGAGAUCAAUCUCGCCAAGAAGUGUCUCGACGUCGUCGAGAGAAACAAUCCUGAUAAUUCUAUGUUCUUGCAUUACAAGGCCAUUUACAUGGAGACGCUUGGAGAUUUCAAGGAAGCCGCGAAGUACUAUAAACAAGCCUCGAAGAACAAUAAUUUUCCGGCGGACAUUUUGUAUGCCGUCUGUUUGAAAAAAGCCGGCGAGCCAAUCGAUUGCGUGCAGUACUUGAAACAGUUACUCAAUAAGUACAACGACAACGAUCGGGUACUGCAGAUUUGGUUGCAUCUUGCACUGCAAUAUUACAAUAAAAGUAAUUUUAAGGAGGCUUGCAGGUGUUUCAUCAAAGCCAUUGAAAUUGAUAGAAAGAGUGAAUACUUAAAGGUUUUUAAGAACAGUCUCAUUGAUGGUAAGUUUGUCAAUAUUUUUGAUCUGAUCAAAUUGGACCUAAUUUUCAAAUGUGACGACGAGGAAAUGACGUUUUAUUUGGAAGAGCUCUGUGUAUGAAUUGUACUUUGUGUUUUGCUUUUACCAAAAGCUCUUUUGCAUUGUACCUUAUCAUAUUUAUUAUUCAUUUUU